AAUUGGAAGACCACCGAAAAUAGAAGCAAAAUUGCCUUCUUGGGAAUGUCACUGAACAGCCACCUCUUCCACGUGGCGCUUACGCGUCCCGCUCAAUAUAAUAUAUAAGCCUUUCCACAACUUCCGAUUGACAACACCCCACAUCGACGACUCCCUCUGUUCCUCUUCUUUCCCGCCCACAGUUCCUAGCCUGUCCACGUCGUUACCCCGCUUAUCUGUCCACCCGACUACAUAUUUUACCGACCCUCCAUGCCAGCCAAGAAACGUUGCCAAUUUCAGAUCAAUACCGAGAGCCAGUGCAAUUCUGCGGCGCUACGACUUGUAGGAGAGUGCCCUCAUUGUCUGGCGCAAUUUUGUGGAGCACACCGCCUUCCAGAACACCAUAGCUGCAAUAACUUGGAGGAUUGCCGACAGCAGGCUUUCUUGAAAAACAAGGAGAAACUGGAGUCUGAACGGACUGUGGCGUCCAAGAUGGCUACAGCGUGACGAUUCCUCCCGAACAUUAUCCGCGACACCAGCUGGCUGUGGCUCUUAUACUGCCACCAACCGGCAGACACACGACUGUUGUUUACUACCUCCGUACAUAUCUACCUACGCAUAACGGACCACCAAUAUUGUCAUUAGUAGUUCCCCGCCGUUGUCAUGCUUUCCCGAGUAUCUAUUAUGUAUAGAAGACGCUUAUAAUAUUUUUACUGCCUCUGAGCGUGCCGGAUGAGAGCCCUGGAUACUCCUGUAAUUGUCCACAUGAUGGAAAUAUGCGGCGUUG